AUGUCCCUCGAGUCAGGCUGUGGAGUCAAGAACCUACCGAUUUCUCUCAACCUGGAAUCCUUCCUCGUCAACAUGCUCCGUCAUACACCUGAAACCUUGCCACAAAUCUGGGAAGGCAAUGAGAGGCUACCGAUGUGGAUCGACAUGAUCUGCAUCGAUCAGCUGGACAAUAAGGAGAAGGCGUUGCAAAUUCCACUGAUGCGAGAUAUCUACUCAAAAGCGAGGUCUGUGGUUGUGUGGAUUCAUGAAUACGACAGCUAUCUGCGCUAUGCAUUUCAGCAUUUGCGUCGACUCAGUUCAAAUAAUCCGGACGACGAGAUCCCGUUUGACCCUAUGGGCUGGGAUGCGAUCCGACGCCUGCUUGGUUGCGCGUGGUUCCAUCGACGAUGGGUGAUUCAAGAAUCCAUGCUCCCAAAGACCGCCAUCUUUCUUUGCGGACCGGACUCAAUCUCCAUGGAUGAUGUGUUUCGGGGCAUUGACAUGGCUGUUAAGUCGCUACUUGCGCGACCACGACUGAUGAAAAAGCUCAAGCGUUGCAACACGGGCGAAGUACGGCCUGUGAGGGUGUUGAGAGAGCUCAGGCAAGCCUUCGAAAACGAUCAAAAUCAGUUUGGUCUUUUCUGGCUGAUGGAGCAUCUCCGUUUCACCCGCGCAACCUUUGCUCACGAUCAAGUCUAUUCAUUGCUGGGUGUUUGUAACCCCCGGGAGGCUGAUGCAACUUCGGUUCGAUACGAUCUAGAGCCUGAGGAGGUCUACAAGCGUUCAGCUAUUUUGCACGCAGAUAUACACGGUAACUUGGAGUUUCUCGGCCUCUGUGCUCCUGAGCAGCGCGACGACACCCUCUGCUCGGGACCAACUGGAAACCCAGUUUUGCGUACUUUCGCAGGCCCUUCUUGGGUGCCCAACUGGCACUCACAGAGGCUGAGGCGCUGCUUGGGUCUCAGCCAUAUCGACCACGAUGAGAGUUUCUUCAACGCCUCUGGAGCAAUUCCUUUCAACCCUUCCUUCGAGGGAGAUCAUCUGACAGUCUCCGGAGUCAUGAUUGACAGGAUCAGUUCAAUAGCUGAUUUCUGUCCUCGCGAUAGAGCUCCUGAUUUCUCGGAUGCCAACUCAAAACUGUACCAGCAGUAUCUGGACUUCUGGAUGACUUCAGCGGAUGAACCUGCACCGUAUUCAGAUGCCGUCAGUCGGGCAGAAGCCUUCAUCCGAACUUUGAGUUUAAAUGGGAUUUACCUGGAGCCCGUACCCUCGCCUGAUGAUAUUCCAACUAUUUUCUACAACUGGUGCAGUGGCUCAGCACUGUGUAAGCGGCUAGAGACGUACGGAUUCAAGCCCAAGAGCAGUGGCACGGGGCCUGGAGAAAAAGCUUUUAUCAGAAUGAAGCGUCUCGUAUCUUGGGAUCCAUUCAUCACUUCCAAGGGCUACAUGGGCCUUGGUCGGGAGGGUGCUGCCAUGGGUGAUGAGAUUUGGCUCAUUGGGGGCUGUAGUACCCCUGUUUUGCUUUCCGCUGUCACGGGUGAUUCGCCCCAAUAUGAAGUGAAAGGAGAGGUUUUCCUUGAUGGAUUCAUGUUUAAGGGUCAGUUCGCGAAAUCAAGCCACCAGAGCUCGAAAGUUGAGCGAAUUGUUCUGGUUUAG